AUGGGAGUGAAUCGAAACACCAUUCUCUCCAUUCUUUCGUUCAUUCUCGGAACGUCAAGUGCAACGACAUCGAUGAAUCAAAUUGUGUCUUCUUCAUCUCAGAAUCCUACGAAUCAGUCAUCUUCUUAUUCUUCGAUUGUUUACAUUGAUGGAAAUUCUUUAAUUCAUCACAAAUUACAAACAGCAAUUCCAGAAAAUGCAACCACUCACACUUUAUUUAAUGAAUCAUCGAUGAAAAAAAUUGUGGAACAAGUGAAAGAUUCAUUGUGUACGCAAAUUGAACAAAUUUAUUUGAGCCAUCGACCUAUUGAAAAAAUUGUUCUCGUGUUUGACGGUCCAUGUCCUUUUGCUAAAAACAAUGAACAGAGAAAGAGAAGAUUUUCGAAUGUUUCUAGCUUGAUUGCUAGCCCAGGAACAUUUUUCAUGUUUAAACUAUGUCAAGCGAUAUAUAAAUGGUCAACAGAUACUUUUUAUUCUCAUGCAAGAAAAGGACUUGACAUUCAAGUGGAAUUUUCAGAUUGUUUUGUGGAAGGAGAAGGUGAAAUUAAAAUUCUGGAAUCCAUUCGAAAGUAUCAUCGAAGAAAUGAUGAAAAUUCAUGUCGUCACAUUGUAUAUACCAAAGAUAGUGAUUUCACAUUGUUGUUACUUGCAUGUUCAGAAGAAAAUAUUAUUCUCGUGAAUGAUUAUCAAAAAAUUGAAAAGAAAACAUUGGUCAGAAAAUUAAUGGAUCAAUUUGGAAUUAUCGAUCAAUCUCACACAACCAUUCAUAGAAUCAUGUUGGAUCUUGUAUUGAUUUGUAUCACCUUUGGAAAUGAUUAUUUACAACCAAUGCCUCAUGAACAAAAAUUGCUCAACUUGUUAUUAAGGUACAAGAAGAAGAAACUGAAAGAAAAAUAUUCACAGAGAUUUCUUGUGGAAGUGAAUUCAGACCAUGUGAAAAUGGAUGUGGAUUUUUUGGUUAGAAUUUUAUUGAAAUCAAAAGAUAUUCAGCCAAGUAUGACAAGAAGUGUGAAGGAAGUUGAUGAAACACGAAAAUACCUCGAAGGUUUGAUGUGGUGCAUCUCUACGUAUGAAACUGGAGUUUGUAAGGACUAUAGACAUUUUACAAAUCAAAAUCCUCCAAUUCUAUUAGGCCAAAUGAUUCAAGACAUGCGAAAAUUAAUCGAAAGAAAUGGUCACAUUUUACAAUUUGUUUCCAUAGGGCAGACAAGCUUAAUACCAUUGACUUUUCUAAUGUCGAUUAUGCCAUUUACUGUGUUCAGACAAAGUAUUCCGAAGACCAUUCUAGAGGUUAUUGAGAAAGAUAAAUCACUCAUUAGAGAUUAUCAAAAUCAUUUCUUGAAGACAGAACAUUUUGAUCAGCUCAAGAAAUUGGAAGAAACAUUGUUGAAACAAGUCAGUUUGAAACCAUGGCCUGAAAGUGAUCACGACAUUUGGAUGGAAAAGUUAUUGACUAAAAGUCUUCCAUUUUCAAUUUCAAAGAAACAAAUAGAGUUGACUUAUUUGAGGAUCAAGAAAGUUUGGAAUGCAGUGAAGAAAUCGUCGUCAGACCUGUAG